CAUGAUCGGUACUCAAGCAUUUAAUUCUGUCUUGCUAUGCAAGCUUCGUUUAUUUUGUUGUUGUAAAGCUACUAGUACCGUUAGUGCAGCGCCUUUCGUUUGGCGGGAGAUUUCAUUUUCUCCUCUGCUAAUUCGGUCCAUCUUAGGGAAAAUCUCCGUUUCUCUCUCUCCUCCCUGUCCCGAUCAAUUCAAAUCCUUGGUCAUUAGUAGUAAUUCAAAUCCUCGGUCAUGGAUGACGGCGCGCCUCUACCCUCCGAAAUUACCACUCGUCGUUCGAAAAUGGCUAGGGUUCAAGAUCGAGGCGGUGGAGAUGAGCCUAGCGAGCCAAACAGUAACAAUAGGGAGAAUCAAGAAAGGAGCAGCCAUGCCCGUGAGGGGAUCCCCAACCUGGAGGAGCGGGAGGGUUCACCCGAUGAUUUCGAAGAAAUUCGUCCCAAAACUAAGCAAAGUCGAGCUGCUGAGGGAACUUCUGAUAUCUCGAACAGAGCGGACGAGAGUUUAAUCGGUUGGGGAGGGGAGGCAAUAGGCUCAGAUCGGAAAUUUAUUUACAUCUUAAGGUUGGCGUUUAGAGGCAUUAAGCAAGGUUGGGUAGUUAUUUUUUGCAUACAAUGCUUAUGAGGAAGAAAACGGGAAAUGACUUUUAAUGAUUUAACAAGCAAAGAAGUCUAAGUUGGUGAAAGUUUUCAUCCUUACAAAUUUAUCUUUUCCAAAGACAUUUUUGUACAUUUGGUGCAUGUGAACAAUUGAGGCAAUUUAUUUUGAAAGUUUAAAAUGCCAAUAGUGGUUGUGAUGGUCGUUACAAAGGAAAACUAAUUAGAUGGAAUGUCCUAGGAAUUACUUCCAAGUUCGAUCUCCACCUUCAUCAAUCUGGCCUACAUGCUUCUGAGGAACAAUUACCUCAUCAUUAAAUAAACUUUUAAGGCAUUCAAAAUGACAUUGAUAUGCGCUGAUUAUAUACUGCCUUCAGUAAUUAAGUAUUU